AUGUCAGGCUUUUCACAAUCAAGUGUUUCUUCCCAAAAUUCUCGAGGAACCAAAAGGAAAUGGGUUCCAGAAGAAGAUGUUGUGUUGGUUGCUUGUAUGGUUGAUUUGCAUAAUGUUGGAACCUUUAAUGCAGAUACAGGAUUCAAGGUCGGUUAUUUAAAUGAACUGGAAAGAAUGUUAGAAAAUUUUUUACCCCAUGUUAUGUUGAAGGCUAAACCUAAUCUUGAAUCGAGGAUUAGGACAUUGAAAGGGGAUUGGGCAAUCGUUUAUGACAUGCUCAGUGAAAAAGACAAUAGCAGCUUUGCGUGGGACGAGCAUAGGCAGCUUGUUGUUGCUGAAGAUGUUGUGUGGGACUCAUAUAUAAAUAGUCAUAAAGAAGCUGGUCAAUUUAGACAUCGUAGUUGUCCUUAUUAUGACCAACUUACUGCCAUCUACAUAAUAGAUCGAGCCACUAGGAAAUAUGUUCAAACAACCGCUGAUAUUAUUGAAGAAAUAGAUGUUGAGGAUGUAGCUACUGCAAAUACUCAUACAGAAAGAAACAAUAUUCAUGGAUGCAAAGUUGAUGUUUGUAACACCCCUUACCCGCAUUCCUGA